GCGAGGCGAGCGGGCGGGCGCAGAGCGGGGCUCGCCACUGCUCCGGCGCCGUCGCAGAGCAGCCGGCGACGGAGGCAGCCGGGCCCCCGGUGCCCCGUAGUCCGCCCUGCAGCGCGGCGGUGGGGAGCGCUUUCGCAACUGCCGCCCACCCCGCCGGUCAUGGAGCUCUCUCUGCGGCUGCUCCUGGCGUCCUGCCUAUCCCUCGGGGUGGCCGGGGAGUUUGACAGAGGGUGGCCCAGGCAAAUAGUCUCUUCUGCAGGACUGUGCCGGUUUGGAAGUCGAAUUGACUGCUGCUGGGGCUGGGCCCGAUUGUCCUGGGGACAGUGCCAACCUUUCUACGUCUUAAGGCAGAGAAUAGCCAGCCUAAGGUGCCAGCCCAAAGCUAUAUGCCAGCCAGGAUGCAAACAUGGUGAAUGCAUUGGGCCAAACAAGUGUAAGUGCCACCCAGGAUACACUGGAAAAACUUGCAACCAAGAUCUGAAUGAGUGUGGGCUGAAGCCGCGGCCGUGCAAGCACCGCUGUAUGAACACCUAUGGCAGCUACAAGUGCUACUGCCUCAACGGCUACAUGCUCAUGCCGGAUGGAACCUGCUCCAAUGCCCUUUCUUGCUCGAUGGCAAACUGUCAGUACGGAUGUGAUGUGCUGAAAGGGGAAGUGCGCUGCCGCUGUCCCUCUCCAGGACUGCAGCUAGGGCCUGAUGGCAGGACUUGCAUAGAUAUCGAUGAAUGUGCUACUGGGAGGGUCAUCUGUCCACGAUUCAGGCACUGUGUCAAUACUUUUGGAAGCUACAUUUGCAGAUGUCAUAAAGGCUUUGAUCUAAUGUACAUCGGAGGCAAAUACCAAUGCCACGAUGUGGACGAGUGUUCCCUUGGGCACCACCAGUGCGGUCCCUUAGCACGGUGUUACAACACAGCAGGAUCCUACAAAUGCAAGUGUAAGGAAGGGUACAGAGACAAUGGAACAAGCUGCACAGUUAUUCCUAAUGUCAUGAUUGAACCACCUGUUCCAUAUCAUAAAUUCAAGGGCAGCAGCAUGCUCCCAAAGGGAGGCAAUGGUGUAACCAAUAGGAUUCCUGAUGUUGGAGACACAAGGCAACCCCUCAGACCACCCUAUGUACCUGCUAUUGUUACAGAGAGGCCAGUGACCAGGCCAGCAGCUCGUCCUACACCCGGGCCAACACCAGUGACGAGGCCUCCACCUCCACCACCACCACCACAACCUACAAUGUUAAGACCUACACUACCACCACAAAGGCAUCCUCUAACCACUGAAGAGCCAUUUCACGUUCCCGUUGAAACGACAUUUUCCCCAGGAGUUACAGAUGACAACAGGAUACAGAUAGAUCCUCAGAAACCCCGAGGAGAUGUCUUCAUUCCUCGGCAGCCCGGAGUGAGCAACAAUCUGUUUGAAAUACUUGAAAUUGAAAGAGGGAUUACUGCCGACGAAUUUGAAGCAAACGAUGACCCAGGAGUGCUGGUGCACAGCUGCAGUUUUGAUAGUGGACUGUGUGGAUGGAUGAAGGACAAAGAUGAUGACUUGCACUGGGUUCCAGUGAGAGAUGCAUCAGGGGGACAGUAUCUUACCAUCUCUGACCCCAAAGGCAAAGAAGGCAAAACAGCGCAUCUCAUCCUGCCUGUGGGACACAUGGCUCAGGCUGGUGACUUGUGCCUGUCCUUUAGGCAUAAGGUCCCUGGGCUGCAUUCUGGUGCCCUCCAAGUCUUUGUCAGGAAAAAUGGUGCUCAUGGACCAGCUGUCUGGGGAAGAAACGGUGGCCAUGGUUGGAGACAGACACACAUAACUUUACGAGGCCUAGGCCUCAAGAGUGUUAUUUUCAAAGGAGAAAAAGGGAAAGGAAGGAGUGGGGACAUUGGACUAGAUGAUGUGAUCUUGAGGAGAGGACGCUGCUCUGAAGAGCAUUAGCAAAGACAAUGGACCAGCACAGUCAUCUCCUCUAGCCCUUCUCAUGGUAAUCCUACCAAGCUUUGAAACAACUGCACAGAAAAGAAGAAAAAGUUGGAGUGACCACGCAGUGGUCUGCUGAGUGCAAUCUCACCAACACUAAUCUCACUGAAACUUACACUCAAACCAUGGAGAGCACCUCCCGGGAGUCAGGAACUCAA